AGUUGACGGUACCAACAUGGCGCUGAGGUUAAAAGCAAUGUUCCAUCCUAAUAUUCAACAGUCCGCGAUUGUUGAGGGGAUAAAGUCACGUCGGUGCCGCGUUUUAUCAACGCCUUUAAAGAUUUAUCGUGUCACUUAUGAACUACUACUACUACUACUACCACUACUACAUCUCUUAUAUUUAUUUACUUUCCGAGUUUAACGGCAAGUAAAAUCGUACAUUGACGAGUUCACUUAUACUUCGCUUUCAAUGAAAAUUAUUUACACGAAAACAGUGACGGCAAUCACAGUAUAAACGUGCAGUAAAUUAAGUAUAAGAAGAUAAAUAAUAUUGAGAUUAACGUAACGAUAAAAUAAAUUAAUAAGUGUAUUAGAUGUGUUGUGAGUUUUAAUUACUUUCAAACGGAAAUAUUAUCAAGAAGCAGAUAAUUAGGAACACUUUAAGCGUUUGUCGAGUGAUUGAGUUGAGACAACCAACGAAUUUCUGCUCGACAGAAUGUCAAUUGUAAUGCAGUAUGUAGACCGAUUCCAUGAAAUACUGGACAAAAAUGCGGAUACUCGGACGACCAAUUGGUUUUUAAUGCACUCACCUUUUCCGACAUUCUUUAUAUGUCUGUCUUAUAUUUAUAUCGUGAAAGUAUUAGGGCCAAAAUUAAUGGAAAAUCGUAAACCAUUUGAAUUGAAGAAAGUUUUAAUUGCCUACAAUUUAUUUCAAGUUGUAUUUUCAGCAUGGUUAUUUUACGAGAGUCUGAUGGGAGGCUGGUGGGGCCACUAUAGUUUCCGUUGUCAACCAGUGGACUAUACUGACAAUCCAAUCGCGAUAAGAAUAGGAAUGUCCGGAUGGCUGACGGGAGAUUACUCACUAAAGUGCCAACCUGUAGACUACAGCGACCGACCUCAAGUACUGAGGAUGGUCCAUGCUAGUUGGUGGUACUAUUUCUCAAAAUUCACGGAAUUUUUUGAUACCUUCUUCUUUGUUCUUCGAAAAAAAAACCGUCAUAUCUCAACUCUUCACGUAAUUCAUCACGGAUGUAUGCCAAUGUCAGUAUGGUUUGGAGUCAAAUUUACUCCCGGAGGCCAUUCAACUUUCUUUGGUUUACUCAACUCCUUUGUCCACAUUGUCAUGUACUCUUACUACCUCCUAGCAGCUCUUGGUCCCCAAGUACAGCCUUAUCUUUGGUGGAAAAAAUACCUCACAGCCUUUCAAAUGAUACAGUUUAUCGCUAUUAUGAUUCAUGCAUUCCAAUUACUAUUUAUCGAAUGUAAUUAUCCAAAAGCUUUUGUAUGGUGGAUUGGACUUCACGCGGUCAUGUUUUUGUUUUUGUUCAAUGAAUUUUACAAGCAAAGUUACAUUGAUAAGAAAGCACACCAACAGGCCAAGGAAGCAAAAAUGGUUAAAACUAACGGUACCGCGGGCAGCCACAUGGAAAAUGGUCUGUCCAAUGGCGAGAAGCAUACAAUUUCCAAUGGUAGUUCACAAGUGAAUAGGCGAGAUACUACAAGCUAUCAUUCAAAAGAUAAGAGUACUGCUGAAAAUUAUAUGAAUCUUCGAAAACCAUACAAAAGUGUAGAAUGACGUGAAUGCUACAAUGGGAAAAUUAAAAAAAAAACUAUUUUUAUAAAUCGAAAAAAAAUAUAAACUAUGAAUUCUCAUCUACAAUUUAUCGCUCAAUUUUUUCCGGUCAAAUCACCGGAAAAUUAUGGUGUCGACGCUUCUUUAUCUUUUAUUACAUCGAUGCCAAGAGGGAAGAGUUUUGCAGAGUUAUGUCUGAAAACAAACAUUUUUUUUUUUUUACUUUUAAAUUAUUUAUGUGCAUUUUUUAAAAAGGGAACAAUGGAAAAGCUAAGUUAACAUUGGCUCGUUAAAGAUUAUUUGAAUAAAUGAAUUCUUCGAUGCAUUUAAGUUUUUUAGGUUGUAAAAAUCCGUUAUACAGGAAAUAGAAAAUUUAAAAAAAAUUUGUAGGUUAUAUGGAAGUAGUUCUAUUAAUUAAUUUUUAUAAUUGUAAAGGAAAGAAGAAAUGUAAAAUAUUGAACGUCGAACAUUUACUGACACCAAAAUGACAAAGUAAAAAAACUGUAUAUAUAUAGAUAGAUUUUUUUCAAUAUUAUGAAUACGAAAGUAAGAAAAGUGUAAUUUAAUAUCGAUGAUAUUUGUUAUUAAGAGUAUCUGAAAAUCUUAACUUUUUUAAUUUAUAUGAAAAAAAAAAUAA